AGUCUUAAACGAUCGAUUGAAGGAAUCAAGUGUGGAAUAGACAAUAAAAAUUUAAAAUGAUUGAGUCAAAAGUGAUUUUAGGGCCUCCAAACGGAGGGUACGGUUGGGUGGUUGUGUUUGGUGCAUUCCUAAUUGAUAUGUUUAAUAAAGCCUUUUUCUCAGUCUUCGGAUUACUUUUCGGACCAUUCUUUAAAUCCAUUAAUGUUGCACAAUCUGAUAUUUCACUUGUCAUGAAUCUGACGAGCUUUUUUGGAAGCAUUUCAGCAAUUUUUACUGGUGCUAUUCUAAAGUUUUAUACAGUUCGGCAAGUUUCAGUGAUUGCAUGCUUACUUACAAGUAUUGGACUUACAUUGAGUGCAUUUACUGUGUCUGCAUAUCAAACGGUUCUGGCGUUUAGUGUAUUAUCAGGUUUUGGAUUUGGAAUGCUGGCAAACACGACAAUUAUUGCUGUUACAUCAUACUUUACAACUCAUAAAAGAAGGGCUGUUAGUUUUUCAAUGACAGGAACUGGAAUCGGACAAAUCAUACUUCCGCAGGUUGUAAAAUAUUUGAACAGCAACUAUACAGCAAAUAAUUCAAUAAUAAUAAUGGGAGGAUCGAUGCUGAUUGGAUUAAUUGGAGCUCUUUUGUUCGAACCUGUCGAAAAGCAUUUAAAGCCAUGCAUUAUUGAUGAAACCCAUCCACUGACAUCAAAUAACUCUCCACCAACAGAAAAUGACCUCAACUCAUCGUUUUGGAAGAAGUUUGUGGACACAAUGGACUUGGGAUUACUUAAAGAUUCACACUUCCUUAUUCUAAAUUUUGUUUUGGCUUGCGGUUUUGCCGUUGCAAUGGAUUUUACCUUGAUUCUUCCAUUUUUCUUACAAGAGACAGCAAAGUUAGACACAACUCAAACAGCAAUGUGUUUAUCAGUCUUGGCGACUUUCGAUUUAACCUCAAGAGUUACAUUUCAUUUCAUAACAGAUCGGACGAGCCUUUCAAGUCGGCAAAUUCUUGUGAUCGGUAUCGUUUGUCUUGGAAUAUUAAAAACAAUAUUGACUUUCCUAACGACAUAUAUGUCAAUACUUAUUACAUGCUCAAUUUACGGAUACUUUCGUGCUAUUGUACUUGUUAAUCAAAUCCUAGCGAUAUCAGAGCAUUGCACUAAGUAUCAUCCAAAAAGAUUUGCUGGUGCUUUAGGAUUAAAUAUGCUGUUUUGUGGAAUAUCUGUCGUCACAUUUGGACAACUUUUUGGAACGUUCAGAGACUAUUUUAAUGACUUUUCAUACAGCUUUUAUUUAGAAGACAUAUUUGUAACUUUUAUUCUGUCAAUUUGGUUAAUUGAAUAUUUUUACAGAUUAAAAUAAACUUUAUUGUUCUUAAUAUGGAUUGGCUUUCUUUUUCAUCUUCUUCUUUACUGAGGAUUCUUCCUUCAUUUGUUUUGAGGAAGUACCAUUAUCGCUCGACAUUCCUUCCUUCCAGACUGAAAUGAUUGCUCCUUCACCAAACGUUAAAUAGACAUUAUCCUUCUCAUUGUACAAGCUAGCUCUAAUGAUUUGAUUAUUUCCAGUAAUAUUAGCAAGUGGAUCUAAUGACUUUUCAUUAAACUUAAUACUCCUAAUGCAUUCUCCUUUGUUGUAAUUUGAAGUAGCUACAAACAUCAUUUCAGUUCCUAUAUUAUGACAAUCAAUAAUAUUACAAUCCACGACUGAUUUUCUUUUCAUUGAUUCUGUUAUUUCGGAUCUCUCCCAUUUCUUCAACAGAUCCUGACUAUCGAUAUCGUAAAGAUGUAAGUCAUUUGUGUUUGUUAUGCAUGAUAAUUUGUUGUCUUGAUGCCAUUUAAGCUUGUUAAUUGAAUCACAUGUAUUGAGCGAGUGUAAAAGAGCAUCAUCUUCACUUUCUUGUUUACAGUCAAAGAUAUUGAUUAAUCCAUCAGUACUUCCACUUGCUAAACUGUCUGGAUCUGUUGGAUGGAACUUUACAUCUGUUAUCUCUUCUUGAUGUGACUCAAAAAAUCCACCCAUAAGUCGACGCUCACGAAUAUCAAAGAAAAGCAGGUAAACUUCAUUCUUUAAUUCAUCGGUUCCUGCACAUAUAAGGCGAUCAUUGGCAUUUACAUCAAAGCAAUUAACUGGCUUGACUAAAAUUUCGGUAUCAUCUGUAAUUAAAUAGAUUUUAAGUCUCAAUUUGUUCACUGGAUCUUAAUUAUUGAUUUACCUUCAAACAUGAAAACUUUCUUAAAAGACCGUAAGUCAUACAUAUGAAUUUCGCCUGAUAUCGUCGAUGCCAUCACUAAAUUUGGAUCAUUAUUGAAAAACUUGACUCCAGAAACUGGAUGACUAAACUGUCCAAAUUCAUUCUUUCCAAUAUAUUUACUCAAUCCUGUAGAUGUGAAAUCAUAAACUUGCAUCUCAUUUCCUAUUCCAAUUGCUAUUUUUGAGUAGUCAUUGCUGCUAGCAGCAUGAGUGAUGUAUUUCUUCUUUAAAGUAGCACAUUCUUGAAAGUCGAUAAAAAAUUUCUGUCUAAAUACUUCCUGAAUAUUGGCAACUGUAUCUGAAUCUUCAAUUGGAUCUUCCUCUUCUUCACUAUCAAUUGUUACGUCGAAAUCUAGAGACAUCUUUUCUUGUUAAUAUUCCGAUUCUUUUUGAGAACUUUUUAUUUCACCGCGCACGUGUGUUUGUAAAC